UCCAGGAAAAAAACCAUAGGAUACAGUUAUGUGAUUUACUAAGUGAGUACCAAGAGGAGGAGGACACGUAGUCUGUCAUUGCUAAGGGAUCCAUGGCCUAAAUAAAAAAAUAACAUUUUUUUAUUUCUAAAAACGAAGAUUGAAUGAAUGAAUAAACUUUAUUACAGUCACAGGCCAGUAUAAGAGAAACAUAUGAAUAAAAUAGUUGAUGAAUAAGAAUUGUUAAUUAAAACAGAUACGAACUAAAAGACACGCAGUUAAAACAACUAUAAGGGUGGAGCUUAGGGGAAUAUUGGUCUUGCAAUAUGGGCCUUCAGUUUAGGACUGGUUUCUAGCACAAACCAUCCUUGGGCGAAUAUCCAUCAUGGCAGCGCAAAAUCUAGCAACUGAGUAUGUAACAUCUGGGUUUUCAUCCUGGAGUAGUAGGGAGAUGUUGAGUUGUUCUGUGCAUCCUGGGAAUUUGUGCAGGAUAAAUCUGGCUCGUAUGUCUACAUAGUACUGGCAAUGGAAAAGGGCAUGUUCUGUUGUUUCCUGCUGCCUGGAGGCUCAUGGGCAUUUCCUCUCUUCAUAUGGUGUCUUCCUAUAACGGCCUUCCUGAAUGGCUGAGGGGAGGGCCUGACAACAGGCCAGAGUGAAAGCCCUUCACUGUUUUGAGAUUUCAAGUUUGGCAAUACCUGCUAUUGCAACUCUGUUCUGCAGGCACUUUACUUUUGUCGUCCGUUUCGGGAAAAGGUUUUGGCUUACAAGGUCCAGCCGCACAAAAAGGAAACCCUUUUGACAUGCCUCUCAGAGCUUUUCAACGACAUCGCCGCACAAAAGAUGAAGGUGGGGGUCAUCCCUCCCAGGAACUUUAUUUCCCAGCUGCGGAAAGACAAUGAACUCUUCAACAACACCAUGCAACAGGACGCACAUGAAUUACUGAACUACCUGCUGAACAGGAUUGCUGACUUACUACGAGAUGAGAAGAAGCAGGAAAAGCAAAAUGGCAAGCUGCGGAAUAGAAGCAAAGGGGAGAAGGUGGACCGCACUUGGGUCCAUGAAAUCUUCCAGGGGACACUAACCAAUGAAACCAGAUGUCUUACCUGUGAAUCUGUUAGCAGCAAAGAUGAGGACUUUCUGGACCUUUCAAUUGAUGUGGAACAAAAUACAUCAAUAACACACUGUUUGAGGAAAUUCAGUAUUUCUGAGACUCUGUGCAGUGAUCAAAAAUACUACUGUGAGCAGUGUCGCAGCAAACAGGAAGCGCAAAAGAGGAUGCGAGUGAAAAAGUUGCCCAUGAUUCUUUCUCUGCACUUGAAAAGAUUCAAAUACAUAGACCAUCUGCAUCGAUAUACCAAACUUUCCUACCGUGUAGUCUUUCCUUUGGAGCUUCGACUCUUCAACACUUCAGGAGAUGCUUCAAACCCAGAUAGGAUGUAUGAUCUUGUGGCUGUAGUUAUUCAUUGCGGCAGUGGUCCAAACCGUGGACAUUACAUCACCAUUGUGAAGAGUCAUGGUUUUUGGUUGCUGUUUGACGAUGAUAUUGUAGAGAAAAUUGAUGCUAAAGCAAUUGAAGAAUUCUAUGGAUUAACAUCGGACGAUACCAAAAACUCAGAAUCUGCAUAUAUCCUCUUCUAUGAAUCAAGGCACUAAGACAGUGCACCCUGAAGCAUCUUGCAUGUUUUCAGAAAAGGAAUCAAGCCCCUGCUCAGAUAGGACAUUGUAGCGAUAGUAAAAUCGAUACCUCAUCAUUGCCAUAGGACCACAGGACGUCACCAGGACAUAAACUGGGACAUUUUCUCAAAGACGACAACUGCCAUUAGCAAGAAGGCAUCUUGCUUUGGAUUUCUUUCUGGGCUAUUUUAUACUUGUUGUCUUCCCAAAUCUGUGUUACCUCUAUUUGAAAUAUGCCUGCUUCAACAUUCAAGAACCAAGGAAAUAUUUUCUUGCUUUUCAGUAGUAUUAUACAGUUAGUUCAUCAUUCAGGGUUGAUGGCCUGAGACUGUCCCUUGGUUUCUAUUUCUCCUGUUUUUUUCUGUAUUCUAGCAGAAUGAUUUCAGUCUUCAGUGUCGGCUCAAGACCUGUUUUAGGGUGUGAGUUGCAGAAAGUUGCUGACUGCUGUUGGUGGCCCAAAACAGGAUUGCUGCCAGAUUAAAUUGUAUUGGAAAUAUCAUGCCUUUAAUUCUGUGUGUGGCAAGAGAAAAAGAAAAAGUUGUUCCUAUAGUGUUGUGAAUUUCCUCAAAGGGUAGCAUUUUGAUUUCAGACAACACUAUUCUUCUUCUUCAUUUAUCCCCACUUUGUCCCCCCCCCCCAAAUCUUAUUGAAAUGUUAUUUUUAUGUGCUUUAUAAUGUAUUCUCUACUCAAAGCCGCAAUAUUGCAGAAUCUAAGGGAGCAAAAAGUAGAUGGAAGUCUUUGAGGACCUGUAAGAUGAAUUGAUUGCAUUUCUUGGAGCUCUUAUGUAAGCCAAAAGUGCCCUCUACUGAAAAUAGAUAUAUUUGUUGUUUGUUUCACCGUAUAACAAACUCUACAGACACAAACAAAAAGGCAGUUUUUGGAGUGAAUCUACAUUCUAUAAAUACCUAUUAAGAGGCAACACUAAUUCUGAGAAUUAAUGAACAAAUCAUCCUUGUUUUGCAAACAGCGGGAGUUUAAGAAGAACUAACUGAGGUCAACAUGUACCGAUGCCUUGAGAAGUAUCCAAUUUAAGCUGCGGACCAUGUAUAAUUGCCCAGUUCUCGAUUGGCUGCUGCUUCAACAGAAAAACAAGGCUGUCUCAUGAAGACUGAAUUUCACUUAGUGUCUGUUUACCAGAUCUGCUGCCCCUGUUUAUCCUGCCACCUGAAUUGGUCACCACUGUGCCUCCUGAGUGGGGUGGUCCAGGAUCCAGUGACCAGUUUUGGCUAUGGGGAGUCUUUGUUGUGCCUAAAUUGACAUUCCCACCUGAAAUGGCUUCCCAGCAUGUUCAAGUGGAGGGGAGAUACUUUGAGCAGUCCUCUAAAAACAUCAGGAUUGCCUCCAUUGUAGCAAUGGGAAACAUGUGCAGCAGUUCCUUGUAAGCGUUAGAGCACAUGGAACUCUGUACUGGGACACAUGAGUGGAAGUGGAGAUUCAGCCUUCCAUUUGGUUGUAACAUUAAAGCCGCCUCUGCUUGUCCCAAAGCAGCCCUCUGUAUCAUGCUCACUGUCAAGGAGGAGGAGAUCUACUUAAUUGCAAUUCCAUAACUUGUGCUCUGGUUCUCCCCCCCC